AUGUCGGAGGACGCGACGCUCGGGCUCACGCGCUUCGUCGCGGAGACCAAGCUGCCGACGGACAAGGGGUUCUACAGGGUCAGGGCGUAUCGACACGCGAAUCCGACGACGGGAGACGUCACCGAACCGGUGUGCGUGAUAUACGGCGACGUGGAGGGACGCGAGAACGUGCCGGUGCGCGUGCACGACGCGUGCUUCACGUCGGAGGUGUUAGGGUCGAUGAAGUGCGACUGCAAGCAACAGCUGGAGAUGGCGAUGGAUUACAUUAAAGAAAACGGACCCGGGAUCGUGUGUUACUUGCAGCAAGAGGGACGUGGGAUCGGAUUGGCGAAUAAGAUCGCGGCGUACGCGGUGCAAGAGGAGGGGGUGGACACCGUGGACGCCAACCGAAGGCUCGGGUUGCCGGACGACACGCGCGAGUACACGGCGGUGGAGAACAUGUUGCGAGAGCUGGACGUGCGCAGCGUGCAACUGAUGACAAACAAUCCGAGAAAGAUCAGAGAAUUAGAGUGUGGGGGGAUAAAAAUAACCGGUCGCAUCGCGUGCGUGGUCAAGGCGAAUUUAUUCAACGAAGGAUACUUGGCGGCGAAGGAGCGUCGGAUGUCGCACGUGCUCGAUCAGAGUUGGGCGUAUUGGGACGCCAAGGGGAACACGUACGAUUCUUUAGACGAAAUGGAAGGCGAUUUCGGCGACGCCUCGACGGACGAAACAUGCGAGCCGUUCGUCAACCUCAACCCGAAAAAGUUUGAUUAG